GUGCCUCCUAGUUUGCAAGGUCUUCCGCUGGAGGUGACAUUCGCUUGAAGGGCCUCGGUUUGUAAAGAGAGUAGCGGCGAAUAAAACUUGACAGGAACGUUAAACAUGGCACAGGCAGUACAGAAAUUAGUGGCUAAAGUACCAACAUUGGUCGGGGCCGCUGUGAACUACUCCAAACCCCGGCUAUCCACAUUCUGGUAUUACGCCCGUGUGGAGCUGGUGCCACCAACCCCUGCAGAGAUUCCCAAGGCCAUCAGCGGUGUCCAAGAUCUCCUCAAGGGCUUCCAGUCAGGACGGCUCGGUCAAACCACAGUCAGGGAUGCUAUAAGGAAUGGACUUGUUGCAACAGAAGUUCUGAUGUGGUUCUACAUCGGGGAGAUCAUUGGAAAGGGAGGCCUUAUUGGCUAUGAUGUAUAAACGUGGACUGUCCUUUUUUUGCUUGUUCUCUGUUGAGCUUUGUCUAUUCCCUUCAUUGUCAGAAUUCUUGGAAUCCAGGAACUAAAUAAAUGGAAAUUAUUAAAGAAACAACAGCCUUUAACUUAAAAUAUGUAAUAUGCAAGUCUGCGUACAUUGUAAGUUAGUUCAGAUAUUGGUUAACUUGAGUAUGUUGAUCGAUUUUUAUUGUAUUAGAUAAAUGCUACAGUCGUCCAUAGUGAAUUUUCCACCACUUGAUUCUUGUAUUUAAACAACUUAGUAAAGGUCAACAUAAUUCUACAUUAAUAAACAUAGUAAAAUGUU